UUCACUCGGCACCAAAAUGUUAUCUUCAAGAGGCCGUACUUCUUCGUACGGCACAAGAGGCGGUAGGUGGGCGCCUCGAGGUAAAGGCCACCAUUACUCCAAACCUAAGGGACCGCCGAAGCCGGAUAUUGGCAAAGAUCCAUUAGGGCAGCAUCUGGUAGAGUAUAAGAACGCGGAUCUGACUAGACCAUCGAGCAUUACGUCUCCGGAUGCUACUAUCAGCAACUGCAGCUACGUUGCGUCGUACACUUGGAUGAAUCGCGAAAACCCCACAAUACUGGUACCUGGUGAACCUCCUCUGUGGAAGCCUCUCAAUAAGCCACGCAGACUUGAAGAGGAUAAAGGGACUUACUACCGAGAUCCCAAUGCAGCGAGAUACCCUACAUAUCCAACGGAGCCCGCUGUGCAGGCCAUCUUCCGCACCAACAAAGACUUCGAGACCGCUGCUGUGAAUAUUUUCGCAUGCGGAAGCACAUUAGGAAAUCUACUUCGCUUCGUCCGUAACGAUGACAAGCCGUAUAGAUUUCUCGUGGAGGCUGUUGGGAAGACUGUUUUCUUCGUAAGAAAAGAAAACGACCCAAAAGAGCUGAUCGAAGAUGUGCGUGGCUUUGGCCAUACGUUUCCUGAAGCCUACACUGAAUGGCCCAGAGAUGUUCAAGGCUCAGAGUCCCACCAAAGACUCGUCCAAUACACAUUUGGGCAGCACAAUUGCAUCGUACGAUUCGAGAGCGACGGGCAAUUGUUUUCAGUAACUAAUCACGAGCACGUCCAAAACCCUCGGUCAGGCUUGACACCCAGCUCAAGCGAGUCUGACGAGGAGACCCUGAUUGGAGCAUUCAUAGGUGCAAGUGUGGGAAACGUGUCAUCUCGAGAUGGUGUUUGUCUACGCAUCCGAGAGGGAGGCUCUGUGGUACCACAAGACUCAAUCUUCGAUCUCAAAACACGGUCAAACCGGUGGGGGGAAUUCAACGUGGACAACGUGAUGCCCCUGCUCUACAUCAAACAGAUACCCAACUUCAUUAUUGCGUAUCACGAUGGCGCAGGAACAUUUCAAAAAGAUGACAUACAUGUGAAAAGUGUCGAGAAAGAUCUGCAGAAGUGGGAAACAGACCAUCGGACUGAAUUGAACCGUCUAUCCAUUUUGCUUGAGAAGAUCACGGAGAUUGCCCUCAAGCACCGGGAACCUCUCGAGAUCUACUCGUCUGAGAAGGGCCUCCUUCAAAUACACAAACAAAAGGAAGGCGGGACACACGUCCUUCCGUUGGAAUGGCGCAAAAAAUGGGCCGGCGAAGGUAGCGACUCAGAUGAAGGCGGCGGAUCGGAUGAAGGUGGCCAUUACACCAGAUGCUCCGCAGAUGGUUGUGGAUAUUGUGGAAAGUGCUAG